GAUGAUCAUGAAAGAAUCAUUUUUCUAAGUGUAUUUCAAAAAAAACAACAAUUUUGUGUCCAAUCAAGAAUCAAGAAAAAAAAAUGAAGACAAUUUUGUUAUUUGUUAUUGCAACCAUAAUCAUUGGUUAUCAAUCGAUUGAUUGUUAUAAUUUUGAUUAUAGUAAUUUUUUACCAUUCCCAAUGGCAAAAGAUGUUGUUGCUAAUGCUGAUGCUGUAACAACUCCACCGGCUCCUUGUGGUAUUAGUCCAAUUCCAUUGGAUUCUGAAAUGAAUGAAACGAUGACAGCUAAAUUAGGUCAAGUUGUAUGGCAUGUAGCUGUUGAAUCAAAAGGAUUGAUUGGUGGUAUUUGGAAACUUUCCUGUGGUGGUGUUGUAAUAAGUCCAAUGGCAGUAUUAACCGCAGCUUCCUGUGUUGAUGGUCAAUUUUCCGGAAUGAAUCGAGCUGAAGCUGGUAUUAUCGAUCUACCGAAAGGUGGUUUUUUCAAAUAUCCCGGUGAAUCAAAACCUACACAAGCUUUUAUUGAAUCAGUAAAAGUUCAUCCAAAUUUCAAUAAAAAAACAAUGGAAAAUAAUCUAGCUGUUUUACGUUUAGCAAUGCCAUUUGAUUUUGCUAAAACUGAUGGAAAUAUUUCGAAUAUUUGUAUGCCAAAUGCACCAGUAAAUCAUGUUGAAGAUGAUGAAAAUUUAUACAUUUCUGGUUGGGGUGCUGGUAUUGUUGGUACAACUUUACGUAAAAAACUUCAAAUUCGACCAACACAAAUUGUUGAUUGUCCAACUGGUCAAACAUAUAAUAAAAAUGAAUUCUGUGUUACACAAGAAAUCGAAACAUUUGAUAUUGAACAAUUAUCAGAAUCAAUGCCCGAACAAUGUGAAGGUGAUAUGGGUGGUCCAAUAUUUACCGGUAAUACAGAUUCAAAAGGUUCCCGUUUAUUAGGUAUUGCUUCGCGUGGUACAAAUUGUACAGCAGAUAAUCCAAUGAUAUUUACCGAUGUAUUUCCUUAUUUACAAUGGAUUCAUGAUUCAUCUAAACCAUAUUAUUAAUUAAUCAGAUUGUUUUUAAUUAUUUUAAAUAAUAAUAAUAAUUCUCAUUGCAUUUUGUUUGUUUU